UCUUUUCUUUUCCUUUCAUUUUUGCAUUUGCAUUGGUUUCAAUUCCAAAGAAAACAAAAUUAAAAGCAAAAAUUUAUUUCAAUUUCAUCCUCUUCAAUGCUUAUAUGAAUCCAAUGCAACAGGGCAAUGAUGAUCUUGAGGCUUAAUAUACAACAACCCUAUUUUUAUAUAUAUAUUUAAAAGGUCCCUCAAUUUCUUUUUUGCAGGUCAAUUUAACCCUCUUCACCCACCUCUCUUUCUCACCAUUAAUUCUGAACAAACACACCAAUUUAUAGACACAAAAGAUCAAAGAAAAGUCAUUUUCUUUCCUUCACCUUUUCUUGAUUGUAUGGGUUUUUGGUGCAACUAUUUCUCAAGAAAAUCAUAAGUCAGAUUUUUUUUCAGUUUGUUCUUUUUUUAUAUUUUUUUCUAGUUAUGGUUUGUUAGUUUUCUCAGUUUCUUGCUAUUUCUUGAACCUUUGGAUAAGAGAAAACAAAACAAAAAAAUGGGGUUUCUUGCAAGAAAAAGAAACUUGGUGUCUUUUUUUCAUAUUUCUCUUGUUCUAGUUCUUGUGUUUCUUGAAGGUUUCACAUUGGUUUCUAGUUUAAAUUACACUAAUUAUAGACAAGUUAGUAGCUUAAGACUUCAAAGAAUUCAAAAGCAUCUAGACAAGAUUAACAAGCCUCCUGUCAUGAGCAUACAGAGCCCAGAUGGGGAUUUCAUUGAUUGUAUUCAUAAAAGAAAACAACCAGCUUUAGAUCAUCCUCUUUUAAAGAAUCACAAGAUCCAGAGAGUCCCAUCAGAAUGGCCUAAAGUGAAAGUAUUGAAUGAAGAAGAAGUGAAAGACCCUAAAAUUAAGGGCAAGAGUAAUGAAGGAGAAAGUGUUGCAUGGCAAAUGUGGCAUAGAAAUGGAACAAGGUGCCCUAAAGGAACUGUUCCGGUACGACGCAGUACAGUGCAUGAUGUUCUGAGAGCUCAGUCUUUGUUUGACUUUGGGAAGAAGCAGCACCACCGUUCGAUAUCUCAUUCUAAACGGACUGAUCCACCGGAUGUAGUAUCUGGCAAUGGACACGAGCAUGCGAUCGCCUACACUGGAUCAUCACAAGAAGUCUACGGAGCUAAGGCUACUAUAAACGUGUGGGACCCUUCGAUACAAGUAGUCAACGAGUUCAGCUUGUCGCAGAUCUGGAUUCUUUCGGGAUCAUUCGACGGCUCAGAUCUCAACAGUAUAGAAGCUGGGUGGCAGGUCAGUCCGGAGCUUUAUGGUGACAGCAGGCCAAGAUUAUUUACUUACUGGACAAGUGAUUCAUAUCAAGCAACAGGAUGCUACAACCUUCUAUGUUCAGGAUUUGUGCAAACCAAUAGUAGAAUUGCAAUUGGAGCUGCCAUUUCCCCUAUAUCAUCAUUUACAGGCAGUCAAUUUGACAUUACCAUCCUUAUUUGGAAGGAUCCGAAACUAGGGAAUUGGUGGAUGGGAUUUAGUGACAAUACCCUGGUAGGAUAUUGGCCAACUGAGUUAUUCACACACCUCGCAGACCAUGCCACCAUGGUGGAGUGGGGUGGUGAAGUGGUGAACUCCAAGGCGAACGGGGAACACACUUCCACCCAAAUGGGCUCCGGUCACUUCGCCGGAGACGGGUUCGGAAAAGCUAGCUAUUUCAGGAACUUGGAGAUUGUGGAUUCUGAUAAUAGCCUGAGUUCAGCCAAGGAUAUCUCAAUAUUAGCUGAGAACACAAAUUGUUACAAUAUUAAAAGCUCCUAUAAUAAUGAAUGGGGCACACAUUUUUACUAUGGAGGACCGGGGAAAAAUCCGCAGUGCCCAUGAUCACCAUUAAGUUCCUGUAAUCAUGAUUUGGAAAUGUAAUUUUUUUUAGGGGUAUGUACGUAUUAAAUUCUUUAAUUAUGUAAUUAGUUGUGUUAUUUCCA